AUGUCGUCUCCACCGACUUCAACCGCCGCCGUGAACGGCAAAGAGCCAUCGCCUGAGACUACGUUUUCGUCACUUCCGGAUGAUUUGGUGUUGAACUGCUUAGCUCGCCUCUCAAGACUACACUAUCCGACUCUUUCUUUAGUUUCCAAGAGGUUUCGGCUCCUUCUUGCUUCGCCGGAUUCGCCGGAUCUUUACACCUCCCGAUCACUCUUACACCGCACCGAGAGUUGUCUCUACGUUUGUUUACGGUUCCCUCUGGACCCUAACCCACGUUGGUUCACUCUCUGGCGGAGACCUGAUCGAGCCAGCGUCAACAGAGAGAAGCCAAUUUGCAAUCUUUUGGUCUCAAUCCCAUCUUCCCCUCUCCCCUCUGCGCGGUGUUCGGCUCUCGUGGCGGUUGGUUCUCAUAUAUACAACAUUGGCGGAACCAUCGAUGACGACGAGCCUUCUUCUAGAGUCUUGAUCUUGGACUGCAGGUAUCACAGCUGGGAAGAGGGUCCAAGCAUGAUCAUGAGAAGAGAUCACCCAGCCGCUAGUGUUCUUGAUGGGAAGCUUUAUGUAGCAGGAGGCUGCAAGGACAUUGAUUCCCCCAACUGGAUCGAAGUUUUUGAACCAAAGUUCAAAACUUGGGAGGCUGUGUCAAGCUCUUGUGCGAAAGAAUGCGACAGUGAGAUAAUCAGAAGCACAGAGAUUGAUGGAAAGGUCUACAUGUGUGGUUCUAAGGGUGUGUCUUACAACCCAAAGGAUGGUAUAUGUGAACCCGUAGAAUGGAAUAUGUGUAAGGGAUGGGCCUGGUUCUCUUCUUGUGUGAUAGAUAAUGUGUUGUACUAUUAUUAUAGUAGAGAGUUCAAGUGGUUUGACGCUAGCAUCAGAGAAUGGAGGAUUGUGCAGGGUUUAGAAUCACUGGAUAUUGCUAUUCAUAGCCAUGUUAAAUUGGCGGAUUAUGGUGGAAAGAUGGCGGUUUUUUGGGACAUGACGUAUGCUAGUGAUAGUGGUGGUGGCUUUCAGGGAAAGCAGAUAUGGUGUGCAGAGGUUGAGGUAGAAAGAAAUAACAACGGAGAGAUUUUGGGGAGGGUCGAGUUGUUUGGUCCUGUGCUUGAAGUCCCCGAGGGUUCUGAGUUCGUGGGUGUUCUUGCAGCUACUGUUUGAUGAAUGACAACAACUGAGACCAA